GCGGCUUCCCAUUCGACAAUAAACAUUGCGAGUCGCAGAAUACCUCAGUGAAGCAAAACACGUCAAAGUAGUGUGAUGUCAGAGCGGUGCAGUUGCUUUGCUGGGAUUUUUCGGAACUAUUGCAGAAGUAGAAACUGUGGUGGAGUGGAGCACUUUGCUGUUUUAAAGAGAGGCCACGCUACACUACAGCUCAGCCAUCUACCUUCAGCACCAGAAACCCGCUAGCUUUAAUAGCUAGCGCGAGUUAGCUAAGUUAGCCGUUACAUACCCUCGUUUCUCAUAGGCAGCUGACCUCGACAACAACAAACACGCAUUGAGUACAAUUAAUUUGCUCUUCGGGAUCGUUGCUCCCCCUUCUCUUCAACCCUGCUCCCGCAUGGUGCUCCGCGGACGGUUUCCGAAUAUGAGCCACCAUGAGUCAAAGAGAUACCUUAGUUCAUCUGUUUGCCGGAGGGUGUGGAGGAACGGUAGGAGCCAUGUUGACUUGUCCACUGGAAGUCGUGAAAACUCGCCUGCAGUCAUCCUCCGUCACUCUUUACGUGUCUGAGGUUCAGCUUGGUGCUGUGAACGGCGCCGGCAUGGCCCGGAUGUCUCCGCCAGGCCCUCUGCACUGUCUCAAGCUGAUUUUAGAGAAAGAGGGUCCUCGCUCUCUCUUCAGGGGCCUGGGACCAAACCUGGUGGGCGUGGCCCCCUCCAG